ACCAACACAAAGCUCUUCGGUUUUCUUUGUGGGCUGGGGGUAUUAACAGUAUCGCCGUUAGUCUGUUGUGGACAGCAUGUCAGUGAACAAAGACAUAAAUGGCUAACAUUUAUACUCUAAGAGCUCUGUUGUGUGGCCAGUGGUCAUCUGAGGCCAGGCUGACUGGUAAAACUGUUAUUAUCACCGGAGCCAACACUGGUAUUGGGAAGGAGACUGCUGUAGACUUAGCUAAAAGAGGUGGAAGGAUCAUCAUCGCCUGUAGGGACAUGGGGAAGGCUGACUCAGCAAGAGCAGAAAUUGUUGAGCGUUCCGGCAACCCGGAUGUAGUGAUCAGAGGUCUGGACCUGUCUGAUAGCAAGUCCAUCCGGGAGUUCGCUCAGAUCAUAAACAGGGAGGAACACCAGUUGCACGCCCUCAUCAAUAACGCAGGCGUGAUGAUGUGUCCGUACGCAAAGACCGCAGACGGAUUUGAAAUGCAGUUUGGAGUCAACCAUUUAGGUCACUUCCUGUUGACGUUCCUGCUGCUGGAGCUGCUGCAGCGCUCGGCUCCCUCCAGGAUCAUCAACCUCUCCUCCAUGGCCCACGCGUGGGGGCGGAUCCAGCUGGAGGACGUCCACAGCGAGCGGAGCUACCACCCCAGGAGGGCCUACGGCCAGAGCAAGCUGGCCAACAUCCUCUCCACCAGAGCCCUGGCCAGAAGGCUGCAGGACAGUGGAGUGACAGUGUACGCCGUGCACCCGGGCAUUGUGCGCACGGAGAUCAAGAGGCAUAUGAAUCUGGCGCUGCUCAUCUCCUGGAAGAUCGUACGACCGUUUACCAAAACCAUCCAGCAGGGGGCCCAGACGACCAUCUACUGCACCGUGGAGCCGGACAUCCAAAGUGGUGGAUACUACUGUGACUGCAAAUUGUCCAGCUGUACUCGUGCAGCAAGAGAUGACGUCAUGGCUGAAAAGCUUUGGGAGCUCAGCUGCCAGAUGCUGGGAAUCACCUGGGAAUGACCUGGGAAUCACCUGGGAAUGACCUGGGAAUCACCUGGGAAUGACCUGGGAAUCACCUGGGAAUGACCUGGGAAUCACCUGGGAAUGACCUGGGAAUCACCUGGGAGUGACCUGGGAAUGACCUGGGAAUCACCUGGGAAUGACCUGGGAAUCACCUGGGAAUGACCUGGGAAUCACCUGGGAGUGACCUGGGAAUGACCUGGGAAUCACCUGGGAAUGACCUGGGAAUCACCUGGGAAUGACCUGGGAAUCACCUGGGAGUGACCUGGGAAUCACCUGGGAGUGACCUGGGAGUUACCUGGGAAUCACCUGAGAGUGACCUGGGAAUGACCUGGGAAUGGCCUGGGAAUGACCUGGGAAUCACCUGGGAGUUACCUGGGAAUCACCUGGGAGUGACCUCACCUUACCUGCUGCACUGUCCAGAGAUCAAGAGGGAGUAAUCUGCGUGGUCAUCUGCUAGGAGAACAGAGACACGAGUGAUAAUUGAUCAACACUGCAGUUCGCCCUUUCUAUGAUUGAUAAAUCAUAGAUGGGACAUGAAUGUACUGCAAAAUUAUUGAAUUGUUGUGAUUGUGCGCUUUACAUAAUGCAGCAUUCACAGAAUCUGAUGUUUUUUUCUGUAGGGAUAAAACAAACCAUGCUCUGCUAUUCCACCAAAGCGGAGAGAGGCAGACUAUAAAUGCUGAUGGUGUAGAGGAGAUUAGUACGAGAGUAUAUGUCGAAUAAUAAUAUAAUUCGUACAUCAUGUCCGGUAAUCAUCAUUAAAAUAAAAAAGUCGACAUAAAACCGAAAUUCCUGACUUUGUACCUAGGUCUGAAUCCGGACAAACUCCGCUAUCAACUGAUUUCCUGACAAUAAUUCACCUUUGAUUGCAUUUGGUUCUUCUAAAACUAGAGUAGAGCAAAGUAUAAUUGAUGGAGCAACGGUGCCAUCUAGUGGAGUUUCUCACCUGACCAUACGACCAAAAUGUUAAUUUAGAUAAAUAAAAAACUAAAGCAGUCACAAUUCCAUUUUACGCUUUAGCCAGACAGGUAGGCUUACAGAACCCUUUGAGAUUAUAAACGUUAUUUCAACAAUCCGGCAUAAAUACACACGUAUGGAAUAAAAGCAUAAAACAGCGA